UGAAUUUGUACCAUGGAAAUUUUACCUACUUUUUUUCUGCAGGGAUCAACAUUAUGUCUGUCUUGAGCUCAGACAUAAAAACUAAUGGUUUUAAGUUUAUGAGAUUAAUUGUUGAUGUUGGUGCAGAAGCUUUAAGAAUAACAUUGAGGAAACAACUGUCAGUUGCUAACGAAUUAGUAGAUGUUGUGGAAAAGCAAUUACAUUUUGAAGAAAUUGGACUAACAAAUAUUCAAAAUAAAUCAUUGUGCUCUGAACCGCAACUUGGAGAAGAAUCGCAUUCCACAACUUUGGCUGAACAGUUAUAUAUUGAUGAUGCGAUUUUAACACCGCUUGCAGUUAAGAGUCUCCAAAAUUGUGAUGCUUUUGAGAUAAAUUCUUUCCAAGGUUUGUGAGUAAUAUAUAUUAUCCUUUUACUUGUCAGUCUUUUUAUAAAAAAGAUGUUCCAAUUACAUAUUAUAAAAGAAAA